AUGACUGCUUUAAACAAGUCAAUUGAACCUGGAGACAAUCCGGAUCUCACCGAGGAGAGAGCUUCUGGAACAUUUGAUACAAAUGCAAUGGCUGCGGUGAUUUAUGGAAGUGACAAGUUCGCCCAACGCCGUCGAGAAAUCUCUGAAGCAAUUUCGAAAAUCCCUGAACUCGCUGAUUCGGCACCUCUCCCUUUCCUAGAUCGUUUUGGGAAAGUAACAGAAGGAUCUAGAAAGCUAUCAGUGAUUCUGGAGAAUAUUGAUAAGCUGAUUGAUCCGAGUAGCUAUGAAGAAGGUCUUCAUCUUUAUACAGAGGUUAUGGGUAUGGAAGGGCAUCCAUUGGCACUUCACGAAGUCAUGUUCAUUCCAGCACUUAUUGCUCAGGCUAGCGAUGAGCAACAGGUGAAAUGGUUGGGAAGAGCUAGACGGAGAGAGAUUAUAGGGUGCUAUGCGCAGACGGAAAUGGGACAUGGAUCAAACCUCCGAGCCCUGGAAACCACAGCUACAUACUCCCCAGAAACCCAAGAAUUCAUUCUACAUUCUCCAACAAUAACUUCCUUGAAAUGGUGGCCUGGAGCACUUGGAAAAAGUGCAAAUUGGGCAGUUGUGGUGGCCAAUCUAACCAUUCGUGAUAAGAACUAUGGACCACAUCCAUUCAUGGUCCAGUUGAGAGAUGAAGACUCUCAUGAACCACUUCCAGGGAUUACUGUAGGAGAUAUCGGCUCCAAAAUGGCGUUUAAUGGAGGAGACAAUGGGUUUUUGGGAUUCAGAAACUACCGUAUUCCACGUGAAUAUCUUCUGAAUCGCCAUGCAAAAGUGGAGGCAGACGGGAGAUAUGUGAAACCACCACAUGCAAAGAUCAAUCAUUCAGCAAUGAUUCGGGUUAGGAGUCACAUGGCGACAGGGCAGGGAGCACUGUUGGCUCAUGCAUUGGUGAUAGCAGUGAGAUAUUCGGCAGUGAGGAGACAAGGGUACUUGGAGGACAAAAGCCGUGAAGUGAAAGUGCUGGAUUACCAAACCCAACAACACCGUCUAUUCCCAUCAAUCGCUCGCGCCUACGCCUUCAUCUUCUGUGGAUUUGAAACAAUUCGAUUAUAUGAUCAAUUAUUGAUUGAUGUUCAAAAUGGGAAUACAUCUGGAAUGGCUGAUCUACAUGCAUUGACUUCUGGAUUGAAAUCAGUGGUCACUUAUCAGACUGGAGAGGGCAUUGAACAGGCGAGAAUGGCAUGUGGAGGGCAUGGUUAUUCUAUGGUUAGUUUGAUGACGUGGAACGGGGAAUGUAAUUUGAAAUACAUAUCAAAAUGUGCCAGCUACAUCUCUGAGAUCUAUGGAGUCGCAAUCGCCGGAUGUACGUAUGAAGGGGAGAAUAUGGUGAUGCUUCUCCAGUUGGCAAGAUAUCUUGUCAAAUCGAUUGAAAUGAUUCAAAAUGGAAAAUCAAGGGAAUUGGGACCAAUGGUGGCGUAUCUAGCUGAAAAGGAAUCAGAAAUUGAUCUAAAUUUGAGACCAAAUGAGUAUCUGAAAGUGUUCGAAUAUGCAGCAAGGAAUCAGACAUGGAGAGCUACGGAAAAGUAUCAAAAAUUGAUUGAAAAGGGAGAAUCCAAAGAUGUAGCCUGGAAUAAUUGUGCUGUAGAGAUGACUAGGGCCAGUCGCCUGCACACUCGUCUCUACAUAAUGUCCACUUUCAUCAAUCAUGUAGGAUCAAUAGUAGAUCAAAAAGUGAAGGGCGUAUUGAUUGAUUUAUUGAAUGUACAUGUAACAUAUGAAGUCAUGGACAUUGGAAUAUAUGUCCAGGGAUUACUGUCAUCGAAUCAAAUGGACUUGAUAAGGAAUCAGUUGUAUGUGUCUCUUGAGACAAUCCGUCCCAACGCUGUCUCUCUCGUCGACUCAUUCCAAAUCAGUGAUAUGCAGUUGAGAUCGGUCCUCGGUCGUCGCGAUGGAAAUGUCUAUGAGAAUCUCUUCAAAUGGGCAAAAUCGUCUCCAUUGAACAAGACAGAUGUACUUCCAUCAGUUACUCAGUACUUAAAGCCAAUGAUGGACAAAUCGAAAUUGUAG